AUGUCCGAAACGAGUCCAUUGUUGCCAGCUGGCGCAGAAACACCCGUGCCUGGUUUGAUAUCGCCGAAUGGUGCCACGCCGGUUAGUGCCACACCGAAUGGUGUUACGCCCCCGAAGCCCAAAAAGCUCCUUGGUCCCCAGAGAACAUCUAGGACGACACAGAAAUUGCGGCUUUUGCCGGACGACCCCAUUGACGUCGGCGAAGAGAGUGGCCGAGACGUGUACUCACAGGUCACACGGAUCAAAGACACGCCGGCGCGGAAGGACGCGGAGACAUUGAGUAAAUCGCACCGUGACUUGUUGCCGCGCGUCACGGCGUAUUGCACGGCCGGGACGUACAAGAUGAAGGACUUGAUACGCUGGUUGAAGGACCGCAAACGGGUUCACAAUACCUCUCCCAAGCUCUUUGACGAGUGUCUCUACACGCCGUUUGCGUAUAAAGACUGGCGUGGGAGCAACCCUGGCAGCCGUAAGUCUAGCACCAACCGUCGGACGUCCGACUCCCCAUCCAGACGCACCGUUAGCCCCGUCAGAGACCGUGUGGCGUCGCCUGGAAUCGAUGAGCAGACGCAGCCGGUGGUGAUGCGUUUAGCAGACGAAGGAGGGGACAUUGAUGUCACGAGCAAGCGGUCCGACUUGUUCAUCUUCGAGUACGGGGUGGUGGUGAUGUGGGGCUUCUCAGUGCGGGAGGAGCAGUCAUUUUUGGAGGACUUGGCCAAGUUUGAGAGCGAAAAGUUGGCCGAGGAGGAUAUCCAGGUCGAGGAGUUCAACUACUACAUCACGCGAUCGUACCAGCCGCGGAUUUACAACGAUUUUAUCACGUUGCGGGACGACAACAACUACAUGUUGAAGCUCUCCGUCAGUCACGCCAUCUCACAGUCGGUCAAGAUUUCGUUGUUCGAGGAGUUGGUUGAUAAUACCAUCGAAGACACCCAAGACAUCCCGCUGCAGAUUGCCAACACCGGGAAGGUCGAGAUGAACCGCGACGAGAUCAUGAAGUCCAUCGGCGAGUUGUUCAUCUUGCGCAUCAACAUCAACUUGCACGGCUCCGUGUUGGACUCGCCCGAGUUGAUGUGGGCGGAGCCUCAUUUAGAGCCCAUCUAUCAGGCCACCAGGGGCUACUUGGAGAUCAAUCAGCGGGUUGAGUUGCUCAAUCAGCGCCUUGAGGUGAUUUCCGACUUGUUGCAGAUGUUGAAGGAGCAGCUUGGCCAUUCGCAUGAGGAGUACUUGGAGUUUGUCGUGAUUGUGUUGGUCAGUGUGGAGGUAUUUGUGUCUGUGGUGAACAUCAUUAUUGAUAUCGCCGGGGCAGCGUAACGCUAGAAGUGCAUGAAUAAAACUUAGGAAGAAUUACAGCUAAAGUAUUAUAGCCUAUUACAUCUGAAAUAUUAUAGCAGAGGUAUUAUAGCCUAUUGCAUCUGAAAUUUUAUAGCUAAAGUAUA